GGCGGGGCUGCCGUGCCUCGGGGAAGAUGGCGGCGGGGGCGAGGUAAGGUGUUGGCAUUGGAAAGCGGCUCCGGCGCCGGGAGCGGUGGGGAAGUGGAGCGAUGGCCGGCGCCGGCCGCCGGGUAGGAUAAAACUCCGUCGCACCGUAGGUGUGGGAGGGAAGGAAGGAAAGGCGCCACGAGAGUAUGACGGGGCUGUACGAGCUGGUGUGGCGGGUGCCGCACGCUCUGCUCUGCUUGCACCGCACGCUCACCUCCUGGCUCCGCGUUCGGUUCGGCACCUGGAACUGGAUCUGGCGGCGCUGCUGUCGCGCCGCCUCCGCUGCGGUCCUAGCGCUGCUCGGCUUCACGCUCCGCAAGCCCCCGGUUGUCGGCAGGAACCGCCGUCACCACCCGCACCCGAGAGGGAGGCCCGGUCCGGCCGCCGCCCACCUCCGGCUGCGCUGGCGCGCGGACGGCCGUUCCUUGGAGAAGCUGCCUGUGCAUAUGGGCCUGGUGGUCACCGAGGAAGAUCAGGAGCCCAGCUUCUCCGAUAUCGCAAGUCUCGUGGUGUGGUGUAUGGCCGUGGGCAUCUCCUACAUUAGCGUCUACGACCACCAAGGUAUUUUCAAAAGAAAUAAUUCCAGAUUGAUGGAUGAAAUUUUAAAACAACAGCAGGAACUUCUGGGCUUAGAUUGUUCCAAAUACUCACCAGAGUUUGCGAAUAGUAAUGACAAAGAUGAUCAAGUUUUAAAUUUCCAAUCGGCCGUGAAAGUACUGGCCCCAGAAGAUGGAAAAGCAGAUAUUGUGAGAGCUGCUCAGGACUUUUGCCAGUUAGUAGCACAGCAGCAAAAGAGAUCCACAGAUUUGGAUGUAGCUAUGUUAGACAGUUUAAUUAGUUCAAAUGGUUUCCCUGAUCCUGAUUUAGUAUUGAAGUUUGGUCCUGUGGACAGCACAUUAGGCUUUCUUCCCUGGCACAUCAGAUUGACUGAGAUAGUGUCUUUGCCUUCCCAUCUAAACAUCAGCUAUGAGGCCUUUUUCUCUGCCCUACGUCAAUAUGCAGCCUGUGAGCAGCGUCUGGGAAAGUAGUGAUCCCUGGUUGUGUAAUUUGAUUUCAGCCUUUUGGAGAAAAGGACCCAAGUGACUCUGAUGUUUACAAAGCACCUAUGAAACCCUGUACACAUCUAGUUCAUAAUUCUCAUAAUUUAUCAACAAACACAAAAAAGUGUCUUACUUGAGAGUAAGCGUGAGUAUGUGUGCGUGCGUGUGCUCAUAUGUGUGUGAAUGUGUGAAAAUAAACUUAUAAGGGAAGUAUUGGAGAAGAAAACAUGUAGACCUGCAACUUUAAGCAAAUAGCAGCAAUGUUUUAGAAGCUGAAAUAGCAGACUUAAAGGCUUUAUGCAGCCUCAACUACUUCCCUGUUUUUGUGGGGAGAAGGUGGGGGUGACUAGAGCUGUUUGUUUUGGGGGGAAGGGAAUAAUUUUUGUUUAGUCCUUCCUAAGUGACCAAACUUUAAUUUUUAAGAUAACAUAUUCUUAAAUGGAACCAUUCUGAGUUUGAGGGGUCUCCAGAGGCAUGGGGUUCUGUGUUGCUCACAUGUUAAAAGCCUGCUCACCUUUGGAGCAGAGGGAAUACCUAUUUUCAGAUAUCCGUCCAUUUUCAUCUCUUCAUUUUAGUCAAACAGUGUGAGUUGAGCAUGUUGCUCUGGUGUCUGUGUUUUGGGUUAUGAAGAUCAUUUGAAAAGAACUCUUACUACAUUGAAAUGCAGACUUCAAAAAUUUAAAUACUGUAUUAGGUAGCCAAACUGUAAGAAAUUUUUAAUCUUAAAAGUAAAAGUGGCAAAUUUCCUCAAGUAGGAAAGAAAAUUUGAUUUCCUUCUUUCUUUGGUGGUCAGUGUAUACCCAGCAUAAAUUAUUUCCAUUAACUAUUUUUAUUUUAAGCAUUUGAGGGAAGUUACCAUGGCAACUCUUUUCCUCAAAAAUAACCUGUUCCUCUUUGGAAUAGCACAUUUAGGGCCAUGUUAGUACCCAGGAUUUUUACUCAGUAAGUCUUGAUGGUGACUUUGCAUAAAAGAUCUUGAAGUACGAUUGAGGCUUGUGUAGGUAAUAAAGUAUUACCAAAGUCUACAAAAGUAAUUUAAAUUAGUUUUACAUGUUCUCUUUCAUGACGGAGAACAGCACUGGUUCUGUUAUUUUUUAAAUAAAUAGAUGAUUUUUUGAUAGGUGUUUAAUAUUCUCUUACUGCUGAUCCUUGGACAGGAAUCAUUCUUUAUAUUUGAUGGACUGUUUUCAGAAAAAUCUUAUCAACAAGUGUACAAUAGUUACCUAAAAUUAUGCAUUUAGAAUAGAAUAGUUUAAAUACUCAGUGUCAGAAGUCUGAAGAAUAGCAAAGAAGAUUGGAUUUGGAAAGCAGAAUCUGAAAUUACUUGUCAUAUUCUGAAACUAUGAAGGAUAAAUGUUUUGACUUUUAUAAAAUCUCGUUUAUGAUUUUAAAAAUACACUUAAAAUAAAAUGAUUAAACUAAACUUUGGUCCAGUGACAUUACUUUGCACUUCGUAGUCCUUGGUACAUUAUAAUACUCCUUUUAAGUCUUAAUUUAUUGCUUAAAGUUUUGUGUGAAGCUGUAGUGUAUCUCUAAACUUUACCAGAGAAUUUAUGAGUUCUGUUCCCAUGUACUGUUGAGAUCCAUGAUCUGUUAAGGCUUUUUUGCCUUAGUUUAAGACUGAAUUUAUUCCUUUUAUAAACAUGGUAUGUGUCUUUUAUAAACAUUCUAGAAUAUGUAUGGUUUUAAUGAAUUUAAUGGGCCCAAUUAAAUUGAAGAGAUUUAAUAUUUAUUAAACUGAGGUUAGACAAAUAAAUCACCCACUAUGAUAUAGCCAAAGUUGCUCAAAGUUUAAUAGUUGAGUCUUUGUACUUUUAUUUUCUCUAUUUCAUAGCAAUAUAGUGUUACACAUCAAAGUAAAUCUGUAACCUGUGACCUGAGUCUGCAAUAGUCCUGGGAAGAGAAGGUUAAAAUGAGUUGUUAGGGAUUCUGAAUUCAGAUAUAGGAAUUCCAGAUCCUUCUUUUCAUGAGUUCAACUGCUAGUGUGGUCCCUACAACUUGAAUGGCAUUUGUCAUUCUCUAAGUCUUGCUUAAAUCAUCAUAAGUUAUGCAUCAUCAGGGUUCCCUUUGCAUUACCAUGAAAAACAUUAUUUUAAACAAAAGUGUUUUUUUUAUCUUUACUGUAUUGAAAGAUACAAUCUUUAAAUUGCUUCUUCAUGACAUUCCCCACAAUGAAAAGAUUAUCAAACCUACUUUAUGAAUGGCAGCUUGGAGUAUAGCAAGAAGUUGGAGGGUUUGAAUUCUUUUCCCAGUUCUGGUUGUGUUUUGUGUCUUAAAACUGAUUACUGUCACAAAGUUUAAAAGCUGCUUUUGAUGUGAAUAGUAAAAUUCUGGUGUAUUGUGAAUAAGGCUUAAGAAAGCCCAACUCUGAGAGGAACGUGUGAUGUUAAUGAACAGUGCCAAAUACACUGUGUAUCUACAAUUCAGUCUUUGAAUGUAUGUUACUUGAUUAGCUCCCUCCUCCUGUGAGAUGGUACCAUGCAUAGAGUCCAAUCCCUGUGAUGUUUUGUAUGGCUGUGGACUUUGGCAACAUGUAAAUAACAUAUAAAGCAAGUUUUUAUGAUUAAGGAAUCAAAUUUAUUGAAAUUUAUUAUUGAAAGUGAAACUUUACAUGUAUGAACAAAAACAAUAAAAGAAUAUACUCUUUUCAUGGA